CUCAGGGGUUAAAAUCUUGUUAUCUGAGGGAGUCAUUGAUAAAUUCAUCCUCUAUGUACCUUCUAAUUUGGCGAGUCCAAAUUGCAGUACAGAUAGUGAUUGAAAUCGCUUGCAGACUUUCAUCUAGCAAGCUCCUACCGCCAUUGAAGGCCGACAAAAUCAUCGUUCUCCCAUUUCUUGUCGCAGUUGAAGCUGAUAACUUUUCGGAGCCAGAAGAAGAUCCGGAAGAGUAUGAAAAUGAGGAAACUGAUGAACAGAAGCUGGAAUUGGACAAUCCAAUUGACAUGAUUGACGAAAGUAGGAAAGAGAUUGAGCUCGUGACAAACGAGCGCGCAUCCGAACAACACAAGCAUAGAGAAACUUCUAGAAAGCGCCGGAAGAGCCGUUGGGAAGAUCCUCAAUCGGAUGAGUCAUGUAAGAAAAGGCAAACCAGGUGGGAUGAACAAGGUCCCCAAAAUGGAUUGUUUAACUCAUUGGUUCUCUCGGUCGACCCAAAUACCAUACACUUGAGAACGAAACUAAUGGAGAUCAACCAGAAGCUGCAGAGUUGUAAGUUUCAUGAUGAGAUCAAGAAGAAGCUCUUGGACAAGAGGAAAAGCAUUUUGUCUAAACUAGCGGAAAUUCUGACCCUUGAUUAUGAUCCAGAUAAGAAGUUUGUCAGGAAACUCUUAAUUCCACAGGAAGAGUACCCCGAGUAUAACUUCAUCGGCUUAAUUCUCGGCCCUAAAGGAACCACCCUGAAGAAAAUGGAGAGCGAAACCCGAGCAAGGAUUUUCAUAAGAGGUCGAGGCUCGGGUGACCCAAACUCAGAGGAUGAAAAGCUGCAUGUCCUGGUCGAGACUGCUGAGAAGAAGAGACUCGAUUCUGCUGUUGCCAUGAUCGAAAAACUGCUUAUUCCUGUACAAGACAAGGAAAAUCACCACAAACAAGCUCAGCUGUCUUUACUCGCGAAAAUGAGAGGGAAUUAUAAAGAUGACAACAACACAUGCGAACUUUGCAAAGAACCGGGGCAUAAAAAAUACGCGUGCCCGCAUCAAGACUCGACCUUUAAUGCCACGUGUUGCGACUUGUGCGGGAGUAUUGCCCACACGACUUCGAAUUGUGAUGCCCACGGAUUGCCGCAGUUCUGCAGGGACAAAUCGAACAAAGACGUGGACCCCACGAAUCUGUACAUUUCGUCUUUACCGUUUUCGGUGUGCGAUAAACGGUUGAGGGAGAUUUUUUUGCCCUUCGGGAGUAUUGUGAGGGCGAGGGUGCUGAAACAUGAAGCUACUGGUUUGAGCAAAGGAUUCGGUUUCGUCAGAUUCGAAAACGCGUCGGAUGCUGCUGAUGCCGUUAGAUACAUGAACGGGCACAAAAUGGAAGGAAGAAUUCUGGUCGUGAGAGUGGCCGGGCUGAGAGCGGGCCCGCAGCCCGCAAUUCAGGCAUCUUGCAGUUAUAAUGGUGCAGUGGAAUCUUAUAUGCUUCCUCAAGCUCCUCCAUUAUGUGCUGCUCCUUUUACGGCGGGCUACUCUGCUGAUGUGGCGAAAACCGAGGUUUUAAAUGUUCCUCCUCCGUAUUAUUUUGUGUCCUCGAGCACGAGUGAGCAUAAGGGGACAGGCAAUGACUCGUCGGAUUAUGAUUUUUGCGACAGAAUUCCUAGUUCGGUUCCUAAUACGGUGUCUCGAUUUCCGGGUGAUCCGGAUUACAACACUGGUUCGGAGUUUGGGCAGUACUUCUUCUCGAGUCCAGUAACAAAUGAGGCCCAGUAUCGGAAAUCUAACUUUUGGGGAGGUUCUGAUUUUUUUCUU